GUGACAGAUGGCGCGUUGGUUCAGAGAGAGAGAGGGAGUGAAGCUUUCUAUCCUAAAGUUAUCUUGCCUGCGUGCUUUAGAAGUUUUGGGCGCAUAGGCGCUGAUGAAACGUGGACGACGGUUGCGCCGCCGAGUUUACCGCUUUCGCCACACUGAAGCACUUUCCCAACGACUGGUGAUUCCAUGCUGCACACCGUCGAAGCUACGACGACGAUGCUCUAUGCUGAGGCACUGCCAAUUAUUGGGGGCCGGGCCAUCGACUACGACGUUCCCAUCACCCAGGUGUCGUCCGGCAGAACGUCAACGCCUAGUGCGACUCAACAAACACCCUCUACCCGGGAAAUGGUACAAUGCAAUCGCGACAGGCAGGACUGCUCGAAUCAGCGACAGUUUGCGUUCAGCCCAGAGUUUCUUGCGAAAUUGGACACUCCUGAAUGGUGCGGCUGCACGAUAGAGAACUGGGCAUCUUUCACCGCAGGCGAAACGCGACCCAGGAUCCGAAAUGAGCUCUUCUCUUACAAUUACGUGCUCAUUCCAGAGCUGAGACGUUAUGAAGAAAUUAAUAUUAUUUACUUCAAUCUUUUUGCGUACAAAAGCUUUUCAAGAGAUCCGCACGAGUUACCGUCAGAGAAGAAGUUGGAACUGCGAUUCCUGCACACCACUGAUAAGGCAAGGGACAUGUUAGUGUGUGAGGACGUUUGUUGGGAGAAAUUGCAUCCUACAAUUACAAUUAAUGGUGAGAAAGUGUACUUCGUGGGGUCCAGCAAGCAUUACGUGAGCCCUGGUCGCAUGGAAACAGGCGGCUUCGUCGCCGAUGACAAGCUAAGCCUGCUAUUCAAAGCGACGCCUUAGCCGGUGAUUUCGGAUGCGAGAGUGACUUGGCAAAACAUUGUCUGGUUAUGGUCGCCCACGUCGUUAUAAAACCUUUAUUGUAGGCGAGUUGAUUAUAUGUCGGUACAUUUAUUUUUUCGGGGCGUGUGGUGGUCGACACUCGGGUAUUUGAUUUCGUUUGAAUAGUGACUGCAGCUGUCUGCGGAAAGAAACCGGCAUUGUGCAGCUAAACCACUGAAGCAUGCAAGACGGCCAGCGUUUGCUGCAGCAGCGAAGCGGGCCACGAUGCAAGAUCACCGAUUGUCUCAUCCUAUUUUAUGCAGGUGUAAUAUAAUUAUAUUGGCAAGCAAAUUGUAUAUGAACAAGUGAAAUAAGUAAGAACGAGUGCAUAUUUUUGAACCAUU